AUGGUGAGAAGUUUUUAUGAUACGAUAGUGGUGAAGAUAAUCCGGAAAGAAUUAGAUGACCUUAAGCAUAAUAAGGAUAGGGCUUGUGAUGGUACUUUUAAAUGCAGAUCAGAUAUAUAUUAUCAGUUGUUCACGUUACAUAUUGUCAUACAAAAUAUUAGUAUACCACGUCUUUUUGUUUUGCUACUUAGUAAAUCACAAGUAACGUACAGAAGGCUUUUUAGCGCUUUGAAGGACUUACACCCAUCAUUAGAGCCCGAUACCUUAAUGGUUGAUUUCGGGAAAGCAAUUAUCAAUGCUUUCUGUGAGAUAUUACCAACAACAAAUAUAACAGGUUGUUUAUUUCAUAUGGCUAAAAAUAUCUGUCGCCACAUUGUGGAUAUAGGUUUAAAGCCGCGCUAUCAAACAGACGCAGAAUUUAACAACAAAAUCAAAUGCUUCACAGCAUUAGCAUUUCUUCCAGUGAGUGAUGUUAUUGAUGGUUUUCUUGAAAUGACUGAUGAUGAUAAUUUGCCCCAAGAAUUUGUAUCAUAUUUUGAAACUCACUAUAUAGGAAGAGAACGAGGUCAAGGCAAGCGAAGAAGAAUGAAAUCAACUUUUCCCAUUGAAUUGUGGAAUGUUUUCGAAAGAACUCAGAAUAAUAUGAUGAGAACAAGCAACAGCGUAGAAGGCUUCAACAGUGUAAUGCAAAGCUCCAUUACUAACAUGCACCCAAAUUUGUGGAAACAUAUUACGUAUUUGAAAAAGGAAGUGCAUUAUCGAAAAAGAAAAAAUGUGAUUUAG